CGGGCAGGGAGCGGGGCGGGGAGCCGCGAGUGCUGGCGGCCGCGCCGCGCGGCAGCAGUCGCUCCGCAGCAGGCCCCGCGCGUUCCAUAGCCGGCCAGGCAGCGGCCCUGCUUUUCCUAUUACUGCACGAGUGGCGGGCUGUGCGGCCAUAGCACUGCCGCCGCUGACGUUGCCAUUGCGAACGAGUAGGACCUCGGCUGUGCCUGUUCGCAGUCGGUCGCGCAGCGUGCCCCGUCACAGCUGAGCCUGAUGGCUGGCCGCUUCGGUCCGCGUCUCGACCCAGAAGGUAACGGCACGCUAACCGCCGCCGCCAUGCGCACGCUGGUGGGGCUGUUGGUGUCGUUGAUGGUUGCGGUGCUGCUGGGCGCAAGGCCGACGGCGCCUGCUCUGCAGCACCGAGCGCGCCAUGCCGCCUCCACGUCCACCGAAGCUUCGGCCGGCUGCCCCGCGGGCUGCGUGUGCUCGUCGUGGGCGGGGGCGGUGCCGGGAGCGGGCUGGCGCGUGCGGUGCGCCAGUGCCCCCUUGCGCCCGCUGCCUGCCGAUGCCGCCGCCAUCGCCCUGAGCCGCGUCGCGGCGCCCGACGGCGUCCUGAGCGCAGAGCUGGGCCUGCCGGUGGCACAGCUGCGCAACCUUUCGUGGACGCACAGCGGCCUCACAGCGCUGGGGGAGCGGGCGCUGCAAGGCGCCGAGCACCUCCAGCAUCUCGACUUGGCCCACAACGCGCUCCCCACAUUGCCCGAGGGGGCCCUGCAGCAGCUGAGGGAACUCCUGUCGCUCGACCUCAGCCACAACCUCCUGACCGACUUGCCCCCGGGGGCCUUCGCCGGCGCCUCCAACCUGCGCUCCCUCAACCUGGCGCACAACGAAUUGCACGCCGUGCCCUUCGAAGUGUUUGCACCGCUCGAGGCGCUAGAGAGACUCGACCUGUCGUACAACCAGCUGGCGGCGCUGCAAGACGACUUCCUGGUGCCCAACGCGGAGCUGCGGCAUCUCACAUUCGCGCACAACCGCCUCACGCACCUCUCGCUGCGCUCCUUCGCCGGCCUGCGACUCCUCGAGCGCCUCGAUCUCGCUCACAACGAGCUUGCGCAUCUCCCGCGUCGCCCGUUUCACGAUCUGGAGGCCCUGCGCAGCCUCAGCCUGGCAAGCAACGUGCUGCCCGCGCUCGGCGCCGACACAUUACAAGGCCUCCGUGCGCUGCUCGACCUCGACGUGAGCGGCAACCCGCUGCGUGCCAUCGCCCCAGGUGCCUUCUCCUCGUGUUGCGGAGAGCUGCGAUCCCUCAGCCUGGCGGGCAGUGAGCUGCGCGUGCUCAACGCGUCACACCUGCGGGGGCUGCACCGCCUGGAGGCUCUGUCGCUCGAGGGCAGCCGGCGCCUGGUCACACUGGACACGCACGCCGCGUUCGAGCUACCCGCGUUGCGUGCGCUCGACGUGCGCAACGCCAAUCUGUCCACACUGCCCAGUGCGCUUGAAGUCCUAAGCGACCUGCGCCGCCUGCGCAUGGCGGACAACCCCUGGUCGUGCGACUGCCGCCUCGUGUGGUUCGCGACGUGGGCGCGCGGAAGACCCGCUCUAGAGCUCGACGAUCCGGUGUGCACCAACGCGCCCUACAACAGCCCCCCGCGGCCUCUCCUGCGCACGCUGCGCUCGCUCAAUUGCCGCCCGGCCACCCUGCUGCACGCCACCGAGCGCCGCCUAUACUCUCUGGGCGGCCCCGCGCUGCUGUCGUGUUCCUUCGGGGGCAGCCCCGCCCCAUCGCUCACGUGGGUUACGCCCACGGGGCGCCGUCUUCACUGGGCCCCGGCGCCCGCUCUCGCGCCCCACCCCGACCAGGCCGCCGCCGCCGCUGCAGCCGCCUUCUCCGCGACAGACGAGGACGGUGACCGUCUGCGUGUGCUGGACAACGGCACGCUCUUGGUGAGCCACGUGCUCCGCUCCGACUGCGGACGCUACGUAUGCCACGCCUCCAACCCUCUGGCCAACGCCACGGCCUUCGUGCUGCUUCACAUCGAUCCCAUCGUCAUUUACCGCAUCAAGAUCAUCAGCAUCCUCGUGGGCGCUGCCAGCGCAGCGGGCUUCCUGUUGCUCACACUCUUCGUGCAGCUGCUUCGACACAUCUUAAACAGGCUGGGCUUGCCCCAUUGCUGCUGCUGGUGCCGCAAGGAUCGGGUGUCGCCGCGCGCAAAGCAGAUCUACCAGAUGUUGGACAACAUCGAGCAAUAUAAAACACAACAGCUGGAGCGCCUCAGGGAAAACUAUACGCAGCAGGUGCACCGCAUCAAGGACAAUUGCGCUCAACAAAUGGAGUGGAUCCAGACCAGCUACCAGGGCCAAGCCAAAUACUUGCGUGACAUCCGUGACAUAGGAACUAAUCAUCUCACUGCCCUCAGAGACCAGUAUUACGACCAGGUGAAGCGUGUCCGCGACUACUCCACGAGCCAGCUGAACUGGGUGCGAGAAAACUACGUCUUCCAGCGGAACCGCAUUCGCAAGUUCAGCGCGCACCAGGUGCUGCGGCUCCGCGAGGGCUGCAAGUAUCAACAGCAGACGCUGAACAAGCUACUGGAAAACCUGCCGUCCCUGUAUCUGGAGAACUGCCGCAGCGGCUCAUGCGGUCGCACCGAUUCCGUCGUCUUCGACCCCGCCGACCUCGCGGACAUGGACGUGUACGUGAAGGCGGCGCUGGCGCGGCCAGCGGCGUCGGGGGGCUUGAGCUCCAAAACGCUCGCGGCCGUCCACGACGGCGCCAUCCCUUCCCGCACCUGCCGUCUGGGGGCUUCUGCCUCCCUUGUUGGCUCCCCUGCCGACGAUCUUGACGCCACGGGCGACGACUCCCAAUCCCACCUUUCGCUCUACUACACGCCCUCCGAGUUGUCCGACAGCCCGCACCUCUCACCGGGCAACCUCCUCGCCCAGCUCGAGCUCCGUAUCGACACGAGCUUCGACGAAAGCAAGGAGGACGAGGCGACGGCUUGCGCCCCCGGCCUGGCGAUCGGCGACGCCGCAGUCGCGGACGAGGAUGAGGAGGAAGACCCUUCCGCGGAGCCGCAGACGUCCCCGUACUUCUCGCCGCGCGCGCGCCGCAGCCGCCGUCAAGCGCUGCCCACAGCCUGUUACGUCGAGGCGCCGUGCGGCGUCUUCCACUGUUCGCGGCCGAGAGGCGGCGGGGGCGGCGCGGCGGCGGGAGCGCGCGCCAGCGCCAGCCCCGAAGAAGUAGCCGUGCUGCUGCCUCCACCCCUGCCCGCCGCCGUGGCCACGCUCGCCGCGCCGGCGGCGGCAGCAGCAGCCGUCAACCACGAGACUGCCUUGUAGUGCCAACAACGCUCCAAACAGUUUUUCACUCAUGUUACGUCACCGGUUAAUUUAUUCGUCUCAGCUGUGAUAGAAACUAUGAUGGUGCAGAAGAAAUUCUGUAGUUUCCUCUUGCUCGAGUCUUUCGGCGAGAUGCGAGUGUAUGCGUGAAAGAAAGGUGAACGCGCGAAUGAGAGAAGUGUGAUGAUGGCGGCAGCGGGAGAGAGCCGCUGAAAAAAAAGUGCCGGCAAUGGUUAUCGUGAUUCCCGGACUACUUCCCCAGUGUAGUGUCCCUGUGACGGAGAAGGCCGGUAAGCGCGCGACGUCGGUCGAUCAGCAUCUCCGACAAACCCCAGAGACGCAAGCACGAACUCCUGUAUAUCUCGGCCAGCGCCAUUCUAAACGUCGUUAAUAGAGGGGUAAGAAGAGACUGCUAGUUCGUAAGGAUUCCAGAAACUAAAUCUUCCUUUCUCAUGCAUUAUGGAAGUAGAUCCUGUUCUUGUUUUAAAAAUGUUAUACGAAACCAUUGCCAUAUCGCUAAGGUCUACCAGUAAAAUGUUUUUACUUGCCAAUUAGGGUUUUUAUUUGUAUUGUUUGUGGUUGUUAUGGUAUUUUUAACUUAAAUUUGGGAGGUCCAAUUAUCAAAAAACAGGUUUUUCAUACCCCAUUCAUCACAAGUCGCAAAUUUGUGACAACUUCCUAAAUGUAAUUACUCAAUUUGGUACGGGACAACUAUCAGAGAACCUGGCCACUAUGUUAAGGGAUAUUCAAUAUUUAUAUUUUCUAAAAAAAAGUAAGUUCACCAAAAUUUAAAAAAUGAAUAAUGUUGAUCAGUAUUUUCACUGCUGUAACUGGAAUGUUGCAAGCUAAGUGACAUUGUAGUUCAUGUUGAAGAAUAACAUUGUUAGGCACAAGAAUAAGGAUGAUUUAUUUAUCAUUCCCUUACUCUCUGCCCUUUUCCAUUUCUCCCUCAAUAAAUAAGUGAAGUAAAUAGAAAUAGAACUGGUAUUAAAGCAAGCUCUCAGCUUUUCUAAAGGCAAACAUUGG